AUGCCCGCUGUUAGUUUCAACAUGGUGGCUUCGCCAGCGCAUACCUCCUCCUGUGGCCCUGGGAACCUCAUGCCGUCAAUCGAGGUGUGGGAGAUGGUGGGUCGCGACAAGCCUGCACCCGCCAAGCCCUUGUCUUCUUCCAAGCCCUCCUCCGUGCCCUCUGCCGCCACAGCUGCUGCCGCCUCCGCUGCUGCAGUGGGCGCCGCAGGUGCGGGGGCUGUCGCGUCCGUGAUGGGGUGGCUCACGCGCCCACUACCUGCCUGCUGCUGA